CAUUUCAUAUCCGCAUCUCACUAAUCCAAAUAUAGAAAAUUCUGUCAUCUUGAAGUAUUAAAUGCUAAACAUUUAUUAUUUAAGCAUAGGUCCUGAUAAAACGGAUAAUAUAUAACUCGUUGAUAAAGUUAACAGUACAGUGCUUUGUUGCUACGCUAACUAUUUAAACUUUGUUUUCAAAUUUCACAUUUACUCGUUUACGUGGACACUGUACCAGACAAUAUGUCAUCGACACACAUAUUCAACGUAGAAAUGACAUGCGAGGGAUGUUCGGGCGCCGUUGAACGAGUGCUCGGCAGGUUGAAAGGACAAGGGGUGGAAGACUUCUCAAUAAGCCUACCAGAGCAAAAGGUCUCGGUUAAGUCUUCUCUCAGUGCGAACCAAUUGCUUGAAGUCAUAAAAAAAACCGGCAAGAAAACUACCUACGUGGCUACGGAAUAGUUUUCGUUUAGGCAGAGAACAGAAUAUGUCAGUGUGGUUCAAACUACUGUGGCAUUCUUUUUGCUACUGAAAUAUUUGGUGUCACGGUUUUAAUGUAAUAUAUUGUGAAAUAUUUUAUGGCAUGGCUAGUACCCAAUGGUUACAUUAUGUAUUAUGCCUUGUUUUGCAUUUUAUUUUUUAUAAUCGUUAAUAAGUAAUUACAUCUUAUUAAGACUGUUGAAAUAAGUUUUGUACAAUUGUUUAUCAAAAUUUGUUAAUUACCUAAAGAGUGAAUGUAUACCAGUAUUUGAUAGUAAAUAUUAUAUUUUUUCAAGGUC